CUUUCUAUUUGUGCAUCUGCAACCCUCGAGAAAAAACCCAAGUUUAUCCUUAUUCCUCAAUAUCCACUUAUGAUACUCUGUUUGGUUUUGAUAUCACGAAAUUUACGUUUCAGUUUUUUGUUUUUGUUUUGUUGGUAUAUAGGUUUGGCGAUGUCUUUGAUUCAAGUGUCGAUUGUCAAGCCUCUCGUGGACUAUUUUCCCGACGACUUUGCCGCUGCUAACGGCGUAACAUUUGCCGGAGGGACGGUCGGUAUCAUUGUAAUCCCACCGGUAGUGGAACACCUCGUUUCGAUAUACGGGUGGAGGAGUGCUCUUUUGUUGAUGGGGGCUUUUUCCUUCAACUACGUUCUAUGUGGAGCGCUUCUCAGGCCCCUGAGGCGCCCUCUUGCGGCACAUUACAAACAGAUACGUGGUGACGAUGACACAGGAUGUGACACACAUCCAACGGGGAGAACCGAUGGGAUAGAUCCUGAACGUUCGGUGAACAUUUGCGGCAAAUGUUGGCACAUCGUGAGCGGGGUUUCUAACGAUGUAUUCACAACGAGUAAAUUUCUGAUUUUUCAAGCAGUGAUAUUGUUGUGUGGUAUGGUGUUCAGCAGCUGGCAUUUGUUUGUGAUCCCGCAAGGCGUGGAGCUAGGUUUUGGCGACGGCCCAGCAGCGUACCUGGCCAUUUUUGCCGGCGUUGGCUCACUGGUAGGCCGGUUAAGCCACGGGACUCUGGUUGAUCGCGGUCUAAUCCGAGCACCGUCCCUGUUUGUCCUGUCAUCGCUGGUCUUUGCAGCGUCUUGCCUUGUCAAUCCUUGGGCGGAGUCAUCCUACGCGGCUCUGGCUGUUAUUAGUACGGUGGGAGGAGUUGCCAUCGGUGUCUUCUUCCCCCUCACGUUCGUCAUAUUGAGGGAAAUCGUAAGUGACCGAUACAUUUCAGCUAUUGGUUGGCUGUACUUGUUCCUGAGCAUUGGGCAUAUCAUCGGUGGAACACUGUCGGGUUGGAUUCACGAUGUGUCCGGUAGUUAUGGAAGUGUCUUCGUGUCAAUUGGCGCUUUUGCAAUUCUCAUGGCAGCCUGCGUACUCUUCAUCGACGGUAUGGACAAUUGCUAUGGACGAGACGAUUCCAUAAGGAAUACUGCAGCUCGAGAGUCUGAUAGCUCCCAAUAGGCCAUCCGUGCUGAAACGUGUAGCCUGGAUUUCCUUACUGGUCACCCGGCCGUGGCAAAAUUAAAAAUGCCUUUUGGGGAAAUGUACAAAUGGGACACUUCACAACUUUGCUAAAUAAUCUUCAGCACUACUUCAACUCAGACGCUGGUAUAACAACGUGUGCUUCAUAAGAUCAUCUACAUAGACAUUAACAGCUUCCUUCAGUUUAAAAGCCAAUCAAAGCAAGCCAGAAUAUAUACUAGAAGUUCCAACCCAAACCAGUGUACCAUUUCACAGUCACAAUCUCAAGUUCACAUGAACUCCUUCCCGAAGACAGCAAGUGGAGCAGUCUUCCCAAGCACAUUCAAUCCAUCUCCAACCCUGGAUCAGUUCAAAGCAGCACUCCAAUCACAUCUAAAACUAGACUGAGCAACCUUCCCCACAACCAUCCUGUUCUGAGUGUUGCUCAAGUUGAGCUGAUCACUGCAGAGUAACCACAAGAAGGAGAGUUCUUCAGAGGACAAUCUUGGACACUAUCGGACAAUAGGUGGCGACAGACACCCCCCUUCCUGCAACGCCCGUGUGGGUCAGUAUAAAUAGAGAUCAGUGGUGUGGAUUCGGCAAGUCAACCUCGUUCUCAUUGUGUCGAGCAGUGCGCUCACACAAAUACCUGCUCAUCAGAAACGACGUGGAAAACAAAGUAACCCUGGGGAUGAGGUUGCGGGCAAGUAGACUAAUUGAAAAGCUUUUAAGUUAUAACACCGAAAAAUUAGCAACUAUAGAGUCGAACACAUUUUUUUAAGUGCGCAAAAGCAGCCAUUUUGAUGAUUUUAAUGACGCUAAGCGUAAACAAGUAACAACCUUUGCCAGUGAUCAUUAGUUAGCCAUCGUAAAUAUUUGAUGCCCCAUUACAUGGUGCUGACCCUAAACGUGGCACACUUCAAGAAGCUCUAAACCUUCCCGUUUUCUAUAUACCUUGAGUUUACCUACCCGUUACAAAGUUAAGAGAGAAAAUUGUACUCCGAUUUUAUUUGUGCACAGCAGGGCAAACCUUUUAAAAUGCAUCCAACAAAGCAAUUCAAGUUUCUGAAAAACCUGUUGUUGGAUAUAAUUGUUUUUAUGUGAGUGGAAAUAAAAUAAUGGUUUAUCAGAGUUUGUUAACUUGAAAUUUAAAAGAAACUUCGUUCACUAGGGACUUUCCGGGAUUUGUUCAAGCGGCGCUGCGUUUUCAAGGGAACAUUCCAGUAAUUUUGCUAAGAUAUACCAUCGGGGUCCGUUAAAGGGACAUUUGCAAUUACACGGAAACGUACGGGUUUAAAGGGAAAGUCCCUUCUAAAGGUGCAGAUAGGACUGGUACCAAAAACCUUGUGAAAUUAUUUCGCCUGAAAUAGUAUUAUUCGCAUGAAAACCAAUCAUUGCAGGUGGUUCUUAGAGAGUGUGCCAGCAGGCACGGAUUUUACGUACGUUGGCAACGGAAUCCAGUGAUAAGACUUUAAAACAUCGUGCAUACGUUUUCUCUGUUUUAAAAAAAAAUGCAUAGUACCCACUGAGCUGAAACUUCAACAAGUUUAAUAGUUGUUAAGCACCAUUCUUAAGAUCUUGAGGAAUUGUUUUGCUUCAAUCGAAAACAAAAAUGCACAAAAAAAAACAUGUUCUGAUGUACGCCACUCAUUACUAGUAUUGGUUGACACUUUGUAAAAUGCAGUCCAUGACUAAAGUUUUAGCAAUAUUAAUCAGCUUUUGUUCUGUUUUUGUUUGCUUUGUUUAGUAAUAUUCACAGUACUUAAUUAAAUAUACACGAAUCAGGGCACGUAGACACUGUGGUGACUGCUCUAUGU